CAUCUACCGUAAAUUCAUUUGCCUCUUGGAGACGUCUCCACUCCAACAGGGGCGUACACGUCGAUGACACAGUGAAGAGAUGAUGCUGUCUGCAAGGCAGGGAGCAUUGUUGUUGGUUUGUUUCUUCAUCUUUGGUGUCGUCCAAGGAAAAGGAGUGCAGAGAGGAAAGAUUCACUUUAGUCAAGCCGACGACGAUUACCUUUGCCAAUAUGCCACAUUUACCAAAAGUUUCACCAAGGGUAUACCCGUACGGGUAUUUGCUUCAGUCAACCGUGGAAAUGGAUCGUCCAGUGUAUACGAUUCCAUUUUUGUAUGGGUGGAGGAUAUAAGAUUCGAUCGUUUCAAGGCCUGUGUUGUUGAAGGAGGUCGAGGAAAUGGAGAUAAUUUCACUAUCGACUGGUUUGCAUUUCAAGGUCCACAGACAGGAGUUCAACAAGGUGAAACAAUGUUUAGUAGAUUUACUACAGGAUCGCAAUGCAACCGGGUGACUUUUCCAAAGGGCUUUAAAACAAUUCCGAAAGUUCACGUCACUGUUGAGCACAGAAUCAAGGACCAGAAGCAUGACGCCAUGCUAGUUUGGAUCGAGAAUAUUUCUCCAAGUGAAUUUGAGGUCUGCCUUCGUGAAUCCAGGGUAUUUGAUGGAUCUCAUGAAAAACUCAGGGUGGACUGGAUGGCUUUCGAGAAUUAUCCUUCUUCCUGGAGGUGUAAAGAGUCGAAAAGCAUCAUGUUUUCAUCAAAGGAGUUACCUGCAGCACAAAAAAAGUAUGCUCUCUGUAGGACUAUCAAAUUUGACGAGCCAUUUUUUACGCCGCCUGUGGUUCUCACUACUGUUUUCGAUGCUGCCAAAGGAAAUAAGUCGCACGAUGGCUGUAGCCCAAAGUAUAAGGAACCUUUAAUCACCUGGAUGGAGGAAGUGACCGCGAAACAUUUUCAAAUUUGUAUGAAAGACUGGGCAGGAUACGAUAGUCAAAGGAGUGAUGUGUCCAUAGACUAUUUGGUUAUUGGGGACCUUGAUCCGUGCAGAAAUGUUAACUGUACCUACGAAAGCUUUUGCUUUGCUUAUACCCCCUGGAGAUUUGAUUGUAUCUGUAAGGAUAACUGCCCAUCAUACGAGGAACAAGUCUGUGCUUCCAACGGUCGCACGUUCAAAAACAUGUGUUUCCUCAAAAAAGAGAUUUGUAAAACACGUGGAAACUACACCAACUACCAUCCAGGAAGCUGCAGAGGUUUUCCGAUGCAGAAAGGCAGACACGAGUUCCAGAACACACCCUCGUGGGCAGAGGAUCAGUGUGAAGUGAUUGAUUUUAAACCCUUCAUUUUCUAUCCUCAUAUGAAAAUUUACGUACAACUGACUGUCAAUCACUUCAACUAUUCUGAUGAUACUUUGGUACACGAGGCCACCACACCUUGGGUCGAGAGCAUCAACACUACUCAGUUCACAGCCUGCGUUACGCGAGCUGGAAGGAAUGACUACCCUGCGGACAGCUUUGCUUUAAUUGACUGGAUGGCCUAUCAGGGAGCCCCACCUGGAGGAGUAGCAGGCGAGGAGAUGUUCUUAACUUGGUGGACUGGAACCACUUGCCGGACCGUUUCUUUUCCAAAAGGGAAGUAUUCUGAGCCACCACAAGUCUUCACCACAGCUGUCCAUUACAGAUCAAGCCUGAGGCACGAUGCUAGCACCGUGUGGCUUGAGGAUGUCUCCACGAGUUCUUUUCAGAUUUGUCUCAGGGAGCUUCAAAACUUCGCUGGAGUUCAUGAUGAUAUAUCAGUGAACUGGCUUGCAAUUGGCAAAACACCUAGACCGAUGGUUAAAGAGAGCAGCGAAGUCAUGUUUCCGAAUGUUGGUUUGCCAUCAAUAAAUUACAACUACGCUUUCUGUAAGGAUGUGAGUUACCUUCAGUCGGCUUACACCUACCCACCAACAAUAUUGGUAACUGCCAGACAUUCUACCAGUGGAGGCAAUGCUGCAGCAGAGUGUAAUGGAAUCGUGAGCUGGAUCGAGUCUAUCACUACUUCUGGAUUUCGAAUCUGUGUCAAAGAACUGUAUGUACAACGCUUUGACCCACUAAAUGUGUCAUACGCAGUGAUGGGAGAAAGCAUUUGCGACGACGACUGGAAUUAUUUCAGAGGGUAUUGCUAUAGACAAGUGGCUGCAUGUGAUUCGUGGGGCAGCAGCCAGGGAAAAUGCGCCACGCAGGGAGCUAACCUUCCAAGUAUACACAGCCAGGAAGAAAACGUUUAUGUCCAGAGUCUGCAUGGCGGAGAGCACUCUUGGCUAGGGCUCACCGAUAUCAACUCAGAAGGGAAGUUCGUGUGGAGCGAUGGGAGCACAUUUAAAUUUAAGAACUGGGCGAAGGGCCAACCAAACAACUAUGGCAAUGAAGAUUGUGUUCAUACUCUUGGCUUCCUCAAAAACCAUCAUUACGAGUGGAAUGACGUGAACUGUACUGAUUGUCACAGAUUUACCUGCAAGAAAGAUUAUGAUGAAUGUAGAGACUUCAAUUAUCACUGCCCGCAUGAUUCCCAUUGCAUCAACAAUGAAGGCUCUUACACCUGUAAGUGCAAUAAAGGAUUCCGUUUGGAUGCAAACAAGAACUGCGAAGAUAUGAAUGAGUGUCGAUUGGGAACGUUCACGUGCGAUGCCCAAGCUGUCUGCGAGAAUAUUCCUGGCACCUACAAAUGUAGAUGUUUUCCAGGGUUGGCUGGAACCGGAAAGACUUGUGGCGCACCGAACGCCACGGUAAUACCCUCCUGUGCAAAUGUGACUGUUGUCCAGUCCGAUUCAAUGGGAUAUAUUGAGUCAAAUGAGCCUGGAGUUUCAGUAACCUAUAAAAGCAAAAUGGAUUGCUCGUGGAACAUAACCACCAAUGGACAUAUUGAACUUGUAUUUAUACGUUUGGAUACCGAGGAUAAAGUCGACAUCGUUACCGUGUAUGAUGGCCUGUCACGAUCUGCUCCCGUAAUUGGUACUCUGUUUGGAAAUACUCUCCCCAAGCAAUCUUUGACAAGCACAUCUAACGAACUUCUCGUGAAAUUUACUUCUGAUGGCUCUAAGGAAUUUGGGGGAUUUCGCGCACGUUAUCGAGCUAUUACCGAUGGAAGCGUGCGCAUAAACAGCACCAGCCGGUCAACUGGCAGAGUGGAAGUUUUCUACGAUGGCAAAUGGGGGACCAUCUGCGACGAUGCCUGGGACUUGAAUGAUGCUAACGUAAUAUGUAAACAGCUUGGUUACAAAAGAGCCAUACAAGUUUAUAAGGGCGCUCAACAUGGCGAAGGAAGCGGACCAAUAUGGCUCGACGACUUGUCUUGUUCAGGAAGUGAGUCCUAUCUCCAUGAAUGCAGACAUCGAGGAUGGGGGAAGCACGACUGCACGCAUAAACGGGACGCUGGUGUGAAGUGCACCCAUGGUUCAUCUGUUGUUCGGUUAGCGGGAGGAUCCCACCACUAUGGCCGUGUUGAAAUUUACGAGGGAGGCAAAUGGGGCACCGUGUGUGACCACACCUGGAAUUUGAAUGAUGCCAAUGUCGUUUGCCGUGAGUUGGGCUUUAAGGGUGCAACCUCCGCACCUCGUGGUGCGGCUUACGGGCAAGGCUCGGGUCCUAUUCAUCGAUACCAUAUUUCCUGCGAAGGUAAAGAGGAAUCAUUGCUGGACUGUCCGUAUGAGAAUAGGAGCUACUACUACUAUUACUACUACUGGGGGUGGUAUCGCCGUAGGUAUCGUUGGUAUCACAACUGCGGUCAUCAUGAGGAUGCAAGUGCUGUUUGCCAUAAUUAGAAGACAGCUCCCAUAAAACACACACACUAAAACAAUGAUAUCUCAGUUCCUUUCGAUUUGUACACAGAAUUCUGUGCUUAAUUCUUGAAGGCAAAAGCUUUGGUUAAACCUACGAUUUAAAAUCCGAAUAGUAAAUGGUAAGAGCAUAUACCAUCGUUAAUUAUACUUGCAAUCGCUGUUCUAUGGGACUUUAAAGAUUCAAAACAAAACAAGUGUUAGUAGAACGCUAUCAUUUCGAAUGUCGAAAUCAAUUAUUUUUCAUUACAAACUUCUUAUGGUACUAUUCUUAUUUUGGGUUUAAAUGUGAAUUACUGAGAAACGGUCACAUCCAUAGAAAAACGUGUAGAUUCAUACUUUAGUAUCCUGUCAUUGAAUAAAAUUCUACAAUAUAUUAAAAGAGAAACGUAUA